AAAAUCUAUUCCCAGAAGAGGAUUUGUUCUUGAUUCACAGAUAAUUUGUCUAGUAUCUCUGCAUGUCCAAUUAUUACACAUUAAUCUGACUCCCUUUUAUCCAAACAGAAGACCUUUCCAAGAGCGAUGACGUAAAAGAGCUGGAGGAGAAGAUGGAGCUGGACGGAGAGAAGGAGACAAAAGGCUCCAGACAGGAGGAUGAGAUCAUUGAGAUUCCUGAUGAAGGUGAGAAAUCCCCCAGUCCAGCAAAGAAAGAGGAGAAUAGGGACAGGGAGAGAGAGACCACCUCACCAUCAGCAGAAAAGGAUGGAGGAAGCAGAGAUGAAGAAAAUGAAAAGGAUGGGGACAAGGAGAAGUCCACUGAAUUGAAGGAAAACACGUCUUCAGAUGUCAAAGCUGAAAGUUCAGAAGCCACAAGCAGUGUAGACGCAUCCAAAACCAAAGAAGAAUCUGAAGAGAAGACAGAAAAAAUGGACACUAGCCCAGCAAAAGAUGAGAAGAAAGAUUUGUUUCAGAAAGCCAUCAUCCAGAGUGGGACUGCUUUGUCAAGCUGGGCUGUCAACUACCAGCCAGCCAAAUACACCCGCAUACUAGCUGAGAAGGUGGGCUGCAAUAUGCUAGAUACUGUAGAUCUGGUGGAAUGUCUACAGAACAAAAACUACAAGGAGCUGAUUGAACAGUACAUCACACAGGCCAAGUACCACAUUGCAUUUGGUCCAGUUAUCGAUGGUGACGUCAUCCCUGAUGACCCUCAAAUUCUGAUGGAACAAGGAGAGUUUCUCAACUAUGACAUCAUGCUGGGCGUCAACCAGGGUGAGGGUUUUAAAUUUGUGGAUGGCAUCGUAGACAGUGAGGAUGGUGUCUCUGCAAACGACUUUGACUUUGCUGUGUCUGAUUUUGUGGACCACCUCUAUGGUUAUCCAGAGGGCAAGGACACGCUUCGAGAAACCAUCAAGUUCAUGUAUACGGACUGGGCUGACAAGGAGAACCCGGAGACCAGGCGAAAGACUCUAGUUGCACUCUUUACUGAUCACCAAUGGGUGGCGCCAGCGGUAGCUACGGCGGACCUUCAUGCUCAGUACGGAUCUCCAACAUAUUUUUAUGCUUUCUACCACCACUGUCAGAGCGAAAUGAAACCUAGCUGGUCGGAUUCAGCACAUGGAGACGAGGUGCCUUAUGUGUUUGGAAUUCCCAUGAUUGGGCCCACUGAUCUCUUUAACUGUAAUUUCUCCAAGAACGACGUCAUGCUUUCGGCGGUGGUAAUGACUUACUGGACGAAUUUCGCAAAAACUGGGUAA